CGCAAACGCAGUCAUCUUGAGAAAAAAUCCCAGUUUGCUUCCUGGGGCGAAGUGGUGCCGCGAAAAUUGCCUUUUUUACGGUAAAAACUUUUCCCAAAGUGGCCAGUUCCGUCGGAAAGUUGUGCCCGCGAGUGUCCACUUCCGUUUGGUGGUAAAAUGGUUCCGUUUCCCAGCAGCAGGACGCUGCUCGCGACAGUGUUUUAAAACUGCGAAAAAAAAGUUCAGGAUCACCUCCUCCCUGUUGUCAUCGGGCAAUCAUCAUUAUCGUUCCCGCAUCAAGGAAUCAUCAGGAAAUAAUAACAUCAUCAACAGGGGUUGCGAUCCCGUUGUUUUUGUGGGACGAUUGCUGCUUUUUCGAGGGAUUUGGAUUACGUUGCAGAGGUCAAUCCGGAAUCACCGAGUGGCUGAGAUAGGAGUGUCCGUGUCGCUGCCAAAGAAGAGCGCCCCAGGCCGAAGGAAAGAGGCUGCAUCGCUCUUUUUUACGGCCAGAGUCCGCAGGAAAAGUUACAAAGAUAGAUACCGUGUGGGGUUGGGCCUCUGCCCCGCUGCGCCUAGCGGCUAACAGAAUGGGCGACGUAUUGAUUUCAGAUCGCCCACCGUCUCCUGCGAGACUGUCACACACAUCGGAGAAACACCCGCGAGUAACACUGACAGAGCUGAACGUUCUGCGCCGCCACAGGGAACUGUGCGAUGUGGUCAUCAACGUUAGCGGAAGGAAGAUUUUCGCACACCGGGUGAUCCUGUCGGCAUGCAGCCCCUACUUCAGAGCCAUGUUCACAGGAGAACUGGAAGAAUCUCGCCAGACUGAAGUCACGAUCCGGGACAUCGAUGAAAACGCUAUGGAAUUGCUGAUAGAUUUUUGCUACACAUCACAUAUAGUUGUCGAAGAAUCAAACGUGCAAACCCUUCUUCCGGCAGCGUGUUUGCUUCAGUUGGCUGAAAUACAGGAUAUUUGCUGCGAGUUUUUGAAGCGACAACUGGAUCCUACAAACUGCUUAGGUAUUAGGGCAUUUGCCGAUACGCAUUCCUGUCGCGAGUUGCUGCGAAUUGCGGAUAAAUUCACGCAGCACAACUUCCAGGAAGUUAUGGAAAGCGAAGAGUUUUUGCUGCUUCCGGUCGGUCAAUUAGUGGAUAUCAUCUGCAGUGAUGAAUUAAAUGUACGCUCUGAGGAACAGGUAUUCAACGCAGUGAUGGCUUGGUUGAAGUAUAACGUUGCCGAACGACGACAACAUUUGGCCCAAGUUUUACAGCACGUCAGAAUGCCUCUGUUGAGUCCCAAAUUCUUAGUGGGAACAGUUGGGUCCGACCUUUUGGUAAGAUCAGAUGAAGCCUGUCGUGAUUUGGUAGACGAGGCCAAGAACUAUCUACUGCUUCCUCAAGAGCGGCCUUUGAUGCAGGGGCCCAGAACCCGUCCAAGGAAACCGACCCGAAGAGGAGAAGUGCUUUUCGCGGUUGGCGGAUGGUGUUCAGGAGAUGCGAUAGCGUCAGUCGAGCGAUUCGAUCCAGAGACGGCAGACUGGAAGAUGGUUGCUCCAAUGAGUAAACGUCGCUGUGGUGUUGGAGUUGCAGUACUAAAUGAUCUCCUGUAUGCCGUUGGAGGUCACGACGGACAGAGUUAUCUGAACAGUAUCGAACGAUACGACCCUCAAACCAAUCAGUGGAGUUGUGACGUUGCUCCAACAACUAGCUGUCGAACGAGUGUGGGUGUUGCCGUACUAGAUGGGUUCCUGUACGCCGUCGGUGGCCAGGAUGGAGUGCAGUGUCUGAACCAUGUCGAACGAUACGAUCCCAAGGAGAACAAAUGGUCCAAGGUGGCUCCAAUGACAACGCGCCGGUUGGGUGUGGCAGUAGCUGUGCUUGGGGGCUACCUUUAUGCCAUCGGUGGGUCCGAUGGUCAGUGUCCGCUGAAUACGGUGGAAAGGUACGAUCCUAGGCAGAAUAAAUGGUGCGCCGUUAGUCCGAUGUCGACCCGGCGAAAGCAUCUGGGCUGUGCUGUGUUCAACAACUUCAUCUACGCUGUUGGAGGACGCGACGAUUGUAUGGAGCUGUCGUCAGCCGAGCGGUACAAUCCGCACACGAACUCGUGGAGUCCCAUUGUGGCCAUGACGUCCAGGAGGAGUGGGGUUGGUCUAGCAGUAGUCAAUGGUCAACUAUACGCAGUGGGUGGUUUCGACGGUACUGCCUAUCUGAAGACGAUCGAAGUGUACGAUCCCGAAACGAACCAGUGGCGAUUAUGCGGCUGUAUGAACUAUCGAAGACUUGGCGGUGGCGUUGGCGUUAUGCGAGCUCCCCAAACCGAAAACUACAUGUGGAUUCGAAAAGAUUCUGUUGUUUAACAUUCAUACACACUCGACUAAUUUGCAAAUUACCCUAGUACGCAAAAUCGAUCACAAACACACAGGCAGGGGCGUGCGUAGGCGCGCGACUCUUUCGGGGCUCUUGCGUAGCGUUUAGCGAUUGGUCUGCUCUAGCGAAAUUGACACCGACGACGGCGAAAGUAGCAGCGACAAGAGUACAGGGUCGCUGAUCGUAAACAAAUCUACCAAUCGCGCGCUGCAAUUGAGCGAGAGGGACUGAGUAUCGAAGAUCAAGAAGGUGUAGUAUGAUUUACUGCAGCUCCAUAUACAAAUCGCAUUCAUGAUGGAUGCUCAAUUCCUUCCGAUUCUCCGGCGUGGAGAAAACAAAUGAGAUUUGAAAAGCGGAGGAGUUUGAAUUCGAGUUAGGAAUUAUUUUUAAAUUUCGAAACAAAUUGCACCAUCAUCGCCACGAUAUCACCACAGCUGCACUUUGCACACGCUCACACACCACGCUGCUUAGAUGUUAGUGAAAGAAAGUAUAGGCUAACUUAGUUGAAAUAUGUUAUUUGUCAUAGGCGCACCCCGACCACACCCAUCAUCCAAUCAUUUUUGAUAAUAGGUACUUUGUUCCUAAUUCAUCAAAUUUAUGUGCUGAAAGUAACUGGUUCGUUUAGAUCAGUGUAUCAUCAUUCGCUAAUAUUUGUGUAACACAAAGCCUUCCAUUAUAGUUUUUUUUUCUAUUUUUGCAACACUUUUUGUUCGUUUUGUUCCCGAUCUCAUCCUGCUUUCUACCGCCAAUGUUUAUUUUUUCCUUCUUUGAUUUUGUAAGUAGCAUAUUUUCUACACUUUUCAACUCCAAGAAUCCCGAUUAGAGUUACUCGAUUGUAUUUAUUAAAACAAAAAUGAAUGAGCGAUAAAUCUUAAAAGGUUCACAACCGGAAUCCUUUGCUAAAUUCUCAAUGUGAUUAGUAUUUAAGAAAAUAAUUAAUGAAAGGUAUAAAGCGAACUAAAAUCAUUAGGCUGAAAAUUUUGUUUCAUUUUACUGGCAAUCAACUUUCCUCUUAAAACGUUUGAACAGAAUAUCAAUGUUUUUUUUAUCGAUUUAUCUUUCAAAAAUCGAAUCCUUACCUAGAUCUUUUACUUAGACGAUGGACGCAAAAUAAGCAGUGAAAAAUUGAACAAUGAAACCAAAAUUUUAACGCUUAAAAUGAUUCUAACAGAGGAACUGCCUACGCUUUCAUGAUGUGUAAUCAAGGAAAGCAAGAAAAGAGAAUAAUAAUAAAAGUAUCAUGUUUGAAUUUUAUUUAAUUUUUUUUCCCUCAUGUUGAAAACAUAACCAUAACCUUCAUUCUCAUAUCCUCCGUAUGUAGGAGUCGAUUCAACAAGGGCGGAAAUUAGAGAAUAAACUGAUAUUAGAAAUACAGCUUAUUUAGUCUCUUUUUUAAUUUUUAUAUUAUGACCUGAAGUCCUUACUAUUGACUAAAUUAUUAUAGAAGGAUAAAAACUGUUGAAUAAAGAAAAAAGUGUAGAUAAUAAGAAAUUA